CAUUGAUUGAACAGGUAUUGGAACGUGGACCCAGAGAUAAUAAAACGUGGCUGCUACUGUUGAAGCGGUUUGAAUUAAUACUGCACUCAUUUGGACACAAGCAUCUAGCGAGGGUCUUGGUUAUGCUACCCAAAGGACUGCAGAUACCACCUGAACUAGUACCCAAAUUGAAGCGACAAGCAUCUGCCCAGGUGCCUGAGUCUGAUAUUCUAUCGUGUUGCGGUAUGCUGCACGGCAUGGAUAGAUUAGAUAUAAUGGAUCCAGAGAUGCUGGAGCUACUCAAAGAGAGGAUAUGUACUACUAUUGGCGGUGCCACUGGACCAUACCCAUUGGCACUGAUACUCAGGUGCUUCGCAACACGUAGUGAUAUUGAAAUGUGUACCCAUAUACUGCAACAAAUGCAACGAUAUAUCCAUGAUAUAGAAACUGCAGCACUAACAAGAGUUGUUCUUGCUGUAGUACGUGCGUUCCCCAAGGAUUCCGUCAUUGAGCCCCUGAUCACUCCAUUGGCAAUGGAAGCCUCAAAACGAGCAACAGAUAUAAACACGACGUCACUUGUCAAGCUAUAUAUCGCACUCUGUAAAUCGCAAUAUACCAUAAAAUCACUUAUCUUACAACACCUAGAGGAACCUAUCGUUAACAGGAUUUCGGCGAUCAGUGUCCAACAGGUUAUUAUGCUGCUAAGCACUGUAGCCAAGUAUAACCAUGCCACAGCGAUGGUCCAGGAACUGAUACAAACUUUAUCGCAAAGAACGAUGACAACCAGCCAAACUUUGUACCUAAUAUCAGCAUUGGCCAGGUUGAAUAUGAAAGAUGGAGCUCUAAUGAAUCAGUUAAUGACGCAACUACAAAACAUGGAUAUCAAUAUCACGCAACUGGCGAAUAUAUUUUAUCUCGCGGGUAACUGGGAUUUAAAGCAUAUAGAUCAUGAGUGGUAUUACCAUAAAUUUGAACAGGUAUUCACAGAUGCAACCACAACAAAAGAGUUCGCUACCAUCGCAUAUGGUGCAUAUAAAUUGAAUAUGCUAGAUAUCGUGUCCAAAUGUCUACAGCAAAUAGAUAAACUAAGAAUCAAUGAGGAGCCCCUUGACCAGGCAACGGAGAUGAUGCUGCAGAAGUUUCUGCCUCAGGACGAUAUCCCUCCACGUAGUCACGCUCACCAGAGUAGUCACUCAGCUGUGAUAAAUUAGAACGAUACUAAAAAAACAUACAGCUCGAGCUACCGCGAUGUGCUUGUAUCCCUCAAGACAUGGAGACAAUGGACUUAUGUCACUAUCACGGUCCCA